AUGAAAGGGUUGCUGCAUGAAGGGCUGGAUAUACACAUUAGAAAUGGUGCCACUGUUAAACUUCAAGAUCACAAUUGGGUCCCUUGCCUGAGAGGCAGAGGCCCUAAGCUCAAAGAUCCCACCAGCAAUGGCCACCUUUGGGUCAAGGAUCUUACCUACACUGACACAGACCAAUGGGAUGAAGCAAAGAUUAGGGAGCUGGUGGAGGCAGAAGACUGUCAAGCAAUCCUAGACAUCCAAUCACUAAACCCCCACACAAUGGACAAGUGGUGCUGGAAAAUGGGAGUGAAGGGAAAAUUUUCAGUGGCCUCUUCAUAUAAGACUGGCAGCCGGCGUAGAAUCCAACAAAGAAUCCUGGGGAGCAAGUUCUUCGUGCCACAGAGGAUGGCUGUCGCCUGGGUAGAACUUUCUAUUAGCUCCAUGUUCGUUAAUCUGCAGAAGGAAGAUUUCCAUAAAUGA